CGGAACAUAUUUCGAGGUUUAAAAUUCGUGCAGUUUAAAUCUACGACUGGAAGUGCAGUCCUAUAUACUUCAAUUUAUAUUUUGCGAAAGUUUUAACACGGCACUCGGGGAAUAAGUAAAGGAAAAGGAGAGACAGAAUGGCCGCGUUAAUACCAAAAACAAUGCGUUCUCUCGUGGCGCCGAAAUACUGCUGGCCGUCCGGCUGGGAAGUCGCCAAUAUGCCUGUUCCGACGGUCACGAAUCCUAAGGACGUAUUAAUCAAGAUACACGCCGCGGGCCUGUCGACAGGUGAAACGCAGCUCGCGAGGGGAGCAUCAAGGUAUAUACUCGGGGAAUUGAAAAUGCCUCACAAGAUCGGCAUCGAGGCCGCAGGUGUUGUCGUCAAGGUCGGAUCAGGGGUGACAUUGUUUAAGCCCGGCGACGAGGUAUACGCAUUCGGACGAUCCCGGCCAAUGAAUAUUACCGCCGAAAAGGGGUUCUGCUCUGAGUAUGCCGUGGCUCAGGAGAACCUGAUGAUUCCUAAGCCUACUAGCUGUUCCUUCGAAGACAUGUGCAAUAUCGCCAGCGUUGUUACGGCACUGCAAACCGUUGAGAUGGGUCUACGCCUUAUGCGCGAGAACGGUGUUACCGACGGACUUGAGGGCAAGACCGUAUUUGUAUCUGGUGGCUUAAGCGCCACUGGCUCCAUCGCUAUACAGGUUCUAAAGAAUGUGUAUGGCGUCGGCAAGAUCAUUACCACCGUGUCCACAGCCAAGGUCCCGCUCGUAGAGCAGUACCUCCCGGGGCUCGUCGAUCAAGUCGUCGAUUACACGCGAGUAAAGAAGCUUACGGAUGCCAUACCCCCGGGAAGCGUAGACAUGGUGUAUAACACGCAAUGGAUCGUGGUGAGCACGUUCCCGCUAGCGAAGCCGGACGUAGGCGUCGUAGCGUCCAUCGCAAGCAUACCGUCGCCGGGGUUGUUGCGCCUUAUGCUGCCGCCAAUGCCGUUUUUUGUGUACUGGCUCGUAGGACUUGCGCAGCUGUGGUACAAGUUUAAACUACGCGGCACGAAUAUUAAACACGAGUUUCACUCAGGCAACCUCGGUGUGCGUGAGGACCUCGAGCGCGCUGGUGAGAUCAUGGCCGUGGGUAAGGUCAAGGGUGUUAACCGCGUUGUUGAGCUCGAAGAUAUCGAGACGCUUAGGAAGGAGGCGCAGAAAGUGGCUACAGGAAAGGGUGGGAUCGGAAAGCUAGUAAUUAAGAUUGCGAAAUAGGGGGGGACGCAUGCCUAAGUAUUUGUAUGUAGCAAUUAAACACGCGGUUUGAUAUAUUAUUACCGUCACGAUAUUGCAUGAUUGAGCCAAGGGAAAUAUAGCUUAGAAGAUGCAAUGCAAAUAACUAUAACUACUCCAAUUAAAAAUAA